ACCUGGAAGCAGCACAGCACUUUAAAGUUGCUUACAAAUAUUCAACAGAGCAAACAGGCAGAAGUGAUAAAUACUUGUGAUAUGGCUGAAGUGAAGCUGCUUGGAGCAUGGGGAAGCCCUUUUAGUCGCAGAGUGGAGAUGGCUCUUAAAUUGAAAGGUGUUGAAUAUGAAUACAUUGAAGAAGAUUUAGCUAAUAAGAGCCCUUUGCUUCUCAAAUACAACCCCAUUCACAAGAAAGUCCCUGUCCUCAUCCACAACGGAAAAACAAUGGCAGAGUCGCUUGUUAUUCUUGAGUACAUAGAUGAAACUUGGAAAAGCAACCCCAUCUUGCCUGAAGAUCCUUAUGACAAAGCCAUGGCUCGAUUCUGGGCUAAAUUCAUCGACGAGAAGUGUAUGCCUGCAAUAUGGCAAAUCAUGUGGUCUAAAGAGAAUGAACGUGAGAAGGCCAUAGAAGAAGCAAUUCAGCACCUGAAAACUUUGGAAAAUGAGCUCAAAGACAAGACAUUCUUUGGAGGAGAGACAAUAGGGCUGGUAGAUAUUGUUGCCAAUUUCAUAGGCUUCUGGUUGGGAGCCGCUCAAGAAGCUACUGGGAUGGAGUUGGUGAAUAAAGAGAGGUUUCCCGUACUUUGCAAAUGGAUUGAUGAGUAUGUUAACUGUAGCGUCGUCAAAGAAAAUCUUCCUCCUAGAGAUAAACUGAUAGCUUUUCUGCAACCCCGCUUAAGUGCUUCCUCCUGGAAGUAUUAGAAUUGAUCACUGAAGGGCAAUGUUAGCCGUGUGAGUUUAUGAUAUGAUCCAUGUUCUUCUUUCUUUGUAAUAACAUCAUGUGGAUCUGUGUCCUCUAUUGUUGCUUCUGUUUACCUUAGGCGUAGGUCAUAUGUACCUAUUUGGAUGACGAAUAAGAGACAGUGUCCUUCAAAUCCUCGUGAUCAUUUUGAGUUCUC